AUGCCUGUAAUUAUUAACCUGAGUAAAUCUGAUUCUUCUGUCCCUUGGGGUUUCAGACUUUAUGGUGGAAAGGAUUUUGGAUCCCCUCUCACAGUCCAAAGAAUAAACCCAGGAAGCAUAGCAGCAAAAUGUGGACUGGAGAUAGGUGACAACAUCUCUUCAAUUGAUUCAGUUUCAACAACUGGCUUGAAGCACAAGGAGGCUCAAGACUUGAUUGUCAAGGCAGGAAACAAUAUCCAGCUGACAAUUUGCAGAGGUGACGAGAUUCCAGUACGCCCUGCUGAUCAAACUGUUGUAAUCGAGCAGACUACGGUGGGUUGA